AAAUUUCCAAAAUGGCGCUGCCAACGCUUGAGCCAUACUGGAUGAAACAUUACAAAAAUAAAACAGAACAGUUUCAUGUACAACGUACACAACAUGAGUCUGACUUCAGAAAUAAAUGGGAAGAGAAUAGUAGAUAUUUUCAACGCUCUAAUGUUGAAGCUACGAAGAAGAGAGCGUGGCAAUCGGACCAAUGUUUUAGAGAGAGGUUUGAGGCUAUAAUUUUUGUACGACUGUUUAUCGAUUAUACAUUGUAAUUGUAGAGGAAACUGUAAUGUCUAAAGGCUAAGGCAUCAUUUUAGUACAAAUGACUUGACCCAGUAAAUAAAAAGGGAUUAUAUGAAAGCAAGGCUGUGCAAUAUUUCAUCUUUCUGUUCUGUGAUAAUUUUUUUUGCAGCAUGGGUGCACUGGACGCAUUAUAUUCCAAAAAUACGAAAAAAGAAAACCUCUCAGAAAGAAGGAAGAAACUCAGUGAGUUAUUGUUGAAUGAACAGAAACAACUAGAGGUGAGUGUUUGAGGAGUAUUCAGAACCCCACUGGAAUACCAGGAUUCAAAGUCUGUCUGAGAAUCUAGUAUCCCACUUCUGGAUACUGGUAAUCAGGCCUCGAAUUUCCCUGAAAUCAAUCGACGGCAAUGGCGUUAAAAAUUGCCAUAGAACGUAACAGCUGUCUACGGCAAUUUUGGCAGUUUCCACGGCAUUUUUCAAAUUACUGUAAUAAAACUUUAAUUUUAUUGUUACUGUGGGUUUUUGACAAGCUAGAAACAUGUCUACGUAUUUCUUUAGUGUGUUUUUUUUUAAGAAAACUGAGACUAAAAUAGUGAUUUACGCAUGAUUUGAUCAACAUCUGAAUUCAAGUUUCAAAGUAGUAAUGCACAGUGAAUAGUAGAAAAAUUGCACUAUAGGGCAAAAAAUCGCUGUCGUUGCCGCAGUGAUCCACGGCAUUUUGUUCUCCCUUUGAGCCCUGCUGGUAAUAUCAUAAAUUUUGGCAUGGCUGAAUCAUCAAAGUAAGUAUACCGUACAUAUCUCUGGUUGUUAUAAACUGCAAUAACAACAGGAGACUCGACAACUAGACCACCAAGUUGGAAAUCAAAGGCUGGUUAUUUUCAAGAAAGCAGACUCAGACUCGUAGUGUUCAAAGCUAUUGGGAGACCACCGGAGACAUUUGCAUCAUGCCUGUAUAUUUAGUUUUUUUGCAGGUAGCCAAAAAAAAAUUGCAGUUAGCCCCGUGUGGUCCAAACUUGCCCGGCUUCACUUGAAGCUUGCAAAUUGCGACAGGGGACCGGGCACCGUAGAAAUUGUUUUGAGUUAUAUUUCAUAUUGUCAAAAUUGAGUGUCUGCUAAUUUGCUGAAACCCAAUUGCUCGAAAAUUGUCGUAUAUCAAGCCGACAAGAUUGUCGGCUGAUGAAUAAAAUUCGGUCACAGAACAGGAAGUUUUUGAUGGCAUCAUUUGAUGAAUUUACGUCUUGAGUACGACUCUUAUUAAAUCUGGUUGGUAAAUAUUGCAAAAUGUAUUCGGAAAAAAUUGAAAUUUUCUACUUUACUUAAUUUAACAUGCAACCUUCUGACCAGGGAUUGCAGUUAGCUUCAGGCACUUGCAGGUAACGCCGCUACCUAGGAUCCCAACAUUUGACAGGCAUGUUUAGCAUUAUCCAAGUGUUUUAAAUUUUUUAUUAUCCAAUAAGGAUACAAGUCAUUCACAUUUUGGUAUCCAAAACCAAAUGUUAGAUCCUGUGGAUAUCGGGAUACUAAUGAACACAAGUUGAUGAACAUGGUAGCUUUAAUAGUUUUGUUUGUGGAAAAACCACGUAAAUUUAUUACUGCAAAGCUUUCGAUCCGUACGCCUGAUUAACAAACAAAACUAUUAUAUGUUUUAUCGCCAUGCAAACGUACUAAGAACUUAUGGUAGCUUUAAUUUUGGUUUUAAUAAAAUUUCAGGUAGAACUUCGUCAACACAGGUCAGCAAGAGGUGGACAAGUACAAGAUAUGAAAACUAGGUAUAUAUCUUGAAUUAUUAUAUACGCAAGGUCUGGAUAUGAGGUAUUCUGCAAUCUGAUUGGUUCUCUACUAGCAAGAUAUUAGCUCAUAUCCUACUAGUAGAGAAAAACAAAAUGGUGGCUCAAACAGAAUUUCCAACGUUUUGCGAACGAGAAAACAGCAAGUUGUUUGCUUUUUAUAGCCUUAAUGAAAAAACUCCCACAAAUUGUUUACAGGUUAGCAAAUGAAUUUUUACAAUUUAAAAUGGUUAAAAAUGUAUAUUUUUGAAAAAAUAAUCGGCCGAAAGAGCAAAGAUAAAAACAUAAACAAAAUAAAAAAAAUAUUGAAAGUAUCCAAAAAGCAAAGUCUGUGAAUUCAGACCUUGUGUAUAUAAUAAAACAGUUAUUCCACUCACUCUCGUCGAAUAUGAGCGAUAGCCGAUUUGGCGCUACGCGCCUCAUUGGCUAUCAGCUCAUAUUCGACUCGAGUUCGUAGAAUAACUGUUAAAUAUCACAUAGAUAUAUUUUAAGUGUUUGUCUUACUGGGUCAUUCCAGAAAACAUCCAUACCUCCCCCACAGAGGAAAUUGGAAGUUAACCCCCAUACCCUAAUGGGUCGUUCCAGAAAAGAUCCAUACUCCCCUCACAGAGGAAAUUUCUGCCGUCCGGAGGGGGAGGGGAGAAAAAAUUGUUUCUGAUAAUCGUAAAUGUAUUAGGACAUCCGAAGGGGGUAGGGGGGUUAACUUCCUAUUUCCUCUGUGGGGGUGGUAUGGAUGUUUUCUGGAAUGACCCAAUACACUAACUUACUAUUAUCAGAAACAAAUUUUUCUCCUCUCUCCCUCCGGACAGAAGAAGUGUCCACCAUGGAGAGAGUGUGGAUAAUUUUCUUGAACAACCCAUUGUUUUACCUAUUCUCCAGGGCUGAAGAUUUAAAAUCUGCAAGGGAGGAAAGGCGACAGAAGGUACUGAAUUAUUUACUCUUGUAUGGUUACUCCAAAAGACCAUCAUUUGUGUAAUACAUUAUCUUUUGUAUUACAGCUUGCUGAUGAGAAAUUAUAUGAGCACUGGCGACAAAAUGCUCCAGAACUACGUCAGGUGAGCAAUACUAUUUUUUGACAAAGAUUAAUGUGCACCUAGUGAACCUAUUUUUAAUGCAAAUCUAUGUACACAUAGUGUACCUAUUUUUAACCUUGGAUCCAUGUACACAUAUCAUGCCUAUUUUUAACCUUGGUUCCAUGUACACGUUGCAUACCUACUUUUCACCCUUGGAGCCAUGUAGGCCUAGUGUACCUAUUUUUAACCCUUGGAGCCAUGUACGCUUAGUGUACCUAUUUUUAAUCCAAAC